CCAAACCAUAUUAACAUUACUCCAAAUUAACCCUUCCCGUAGCAACAAACCGGAGAAAUGGAAAUGACGGCGGCUCCGGAAGGUGGUUUGAUCAAAAAGUCCAACGAGGAGUGGCGUGCGGUUCUAUCUCCUGAACAGUUUAAGAUUCUUAGGGAGAAAGCUAUUGAGAAGAGAGGGUCAGGAGAGUAUGUGAAGUUGUUUGAGGAUGGAAUCUACUGUUGUGUUGGUUGUGGCAAUCCGGUUUAUAAAUCAACCACUAAAUUCGAUUCCGGUUGCGGUUGGCCUGCGUUUUUCGAUGCUAUUCCUGGCGCCAUUAACCGAACCGAGGAGAGAGCUGGAUUAAGAUAUGAGAUCACUUGCACAAAAUGUGAUGGACAUCUUGGUCAUGUCUUAAAAAAUGAAGGGUCCAUCUCUUGUUGCCCCUCUCCCAAGGGGUAUGAGAUAGUUAGACAACACAAUGGUCGAUUGAAGCAUUGUGUUUUCACGGUGAAAUCGAGUGUGCCUGUGUAUUCGGAAGGCGUAAACGAUGGGAUUAAGUUGCAUUCUUUUGGGAAUUUAGUUAAAAGAAGGGUUUUUCUGGAUACUUCAAGAAGGUUCUAUUUCCAAGGUAGGUGGUCUGAAUUCUCAGGGAGGAGAGUGCAGACUUAUGCAGGAGUAGAUGUAGCAAGUGCUGUUGAUGUAAUCAACGAUCUUGGAUUCGAUACUUUGACCUUCUUGAUGGUCACUGUUAUUAUUGUCCCUGCAUUCAGAGUCCUCAAAGCUAGUCCGAUACUUGGUUUCUUCUUUGCUGGUGUUGUACUCAAUCAAUUUGGUUUGAUCAGAAAUCUCACAGAUGUUAAAGUUCUUUCGGAAUGGGGGAUUCUUUUCCUGCUCUUUGAGAUGGGUCUAGAGCUUUCACUUGCUCGUCUGAAAGCUCUUGCAAAAUUUGCUUUUGGCAUGGGACUAACUCAGGUUUUGUUAUGCACGGCUGCAUUCACUGCUUUUGAACUCCCGCCAAAUGGAGCCAUAGGAACAAAAAUUCUUGAAUUCCUCUUUCAUUCAAGGUCUGACUUGGUCAACAUUAGAAGCAUUGAUGAGGCCGUUGUCAUUGGCGCUGCUCUUUCAUUGUCAUCCUCAGCUUUUGUUCUACAGCUUCUUGCAGAGAAAGGUGAGCUCCCUACAAGAUUUGGCUCAGCAACCUUGGGAAUUCUUCUUCUACAGGAUAUAGCUGUUGUGCCGUUACUCGUCAUUCUUCCAGUGUUGGAAAGCCAGAAUCUUGGUGGGGAAAGCAUAUGGCCAAUGCUUGCAAAAGAAAGUGCAAAGGCUCUUGGUGGGUUGGGCAUCCUCUCUCUUGGAGGAAAGUUCUUUCUCCGUAGAAUUUUUGAGGUUGUUGCAGAAACCAGAAGCUCAGAAGCUUUUGUGGCCCUUUGCCUUCUCACAGUUGCUGGGACUUCACUCGUGACUCAAUGGCUUGGUUUCAGCGAUACGCUUGGAGCUUUUCUUGCCGGAGCACUUCUAGCGGAAACAAAUUUCCGGACACAAAUCGAAGCUGAUAUUAGGCCAUUUAGAGGUUUACUUCUUGGUUUGUUCUUUGUAACCACAGGAACAUCCAUUGACAUGGAGGUUCUGUUUCGUGAAUGGCCUAAUGUCCUCUCACUCUUGGGUGGUCUGAUUGUGAUCAAAACACUGAUUAUAACCGCAAUCGGUCCCCGAGUUGGCCUCACAAUACAAGAAAGCGUAAGAGUUGGUUUUCUUCUUUCCCAGGGAGGGGAAUUUGCAUUUGUUGUGUUCUCUCUAGCCAACAGGCUAGGAGUGCUUCCAAAUGAGCUGAACAAGCUGCUCAUUAUCGUAGUUGUUUUGUCUAUGGCAUUAACACCUUAUCUUAACCAACUUGGAAGAAAAGCCGCCGAUUUUCUUGAUGAGAGACUUGAUCCUGGAGAUAAAAUAGACGAAAAUGUGAACUUCGACGUUAGUGAAUCAAUUGUCAUCAUUGGAUUUGGACAAAUGGGUCAGGUUCUUGCCAAUUUUUUGUCAACUCCUUUGGUCUCAGAUAGUGAUCUUGUGGGAUGGCCUUAUAUUGGUUUUGAUCUGAAUCCUGCUGUAGUGAAGGAGUCAAGAAAACUCGGUUUCCCGAUAUUGUAUGGAGACGGAUCUCGACCAUCGGUUUUGCAAUCUGCAGGUGUUUCAUCUCCUAAAGCUAUCAUGAUAAUGUAUAAAGGCAAGAAGAGAACCACUGAGGCUGUUCAAAGACUCCGUCUUGCCUUCCCCGGGAGUCCGAUUUACGCAAGAGCUCAAGAUUUACCGCAUCUACUUGAACUAAAGAAAGCAGGAGCCACGGAUGCAAUUCUCGAAAAUGCAGAGACAAGUUUACAGCUCGGUUCGAAGCUGUUGACAGGAUUUGGAGUAAUGUCUGACGACGUAAGCUUUCUGAGUAAAGUUUUCAGAGAUUCAAUGGAGAUACAAGCCCAAGAAGAAAUCACUGCUAGUGAAACCAAUGCUGGUUUGAAGCCAAUGCAGAUGAAAGCUUCUGAUAUAAACGUAGAGACUGGUGCACAACAAGUCCAGCUCAUGAAGCCAAUGCAAAUGAAAGCUUCUGAUUCAAACUCAGAUUCUGCAGCAGAAAUUCUUCAAGAAACAGAUAGUUUGAGUCAGUCUCAGAUUGAUGAUUCUUCUGUGAAUGUAGAUAAUGGAUUUGUUGGUAAAGCGGAUAAAGCUCAAGAGUAAAAAUUCUCAAAUAUAUAACUUUUUUUUCC